GACCCAGGCAGAAGCACCGACUAUGGCGCUGAAACGGAUUAAUAAGGAACUUAGUGAUUUGGCCCGUGACCCUCCAGCACAAUGUUCUGCAGGUCCAGUUGGGGAUGAUAUGUUUCAUUGGCAAGCCACAAUUAUGGGACCAUAUCAAGGCGGUGUAUUCUUUUUGACAAUUCAUUUUCCUACAGACUACCCCUUCAAACCACCUAAGGUUGCAUUUACAACCAGAAUUUAUCAUCCAAAUAUUAAUAGUAAUGGCAGCAUUUGUCUUGAUAUUCUAAGAUCACAGUGGUCUCCGGCUUUAACUAUUUCUAAAGUUCUUUUAUCCAUUUGUUCACUGCUAUGUGAUCCAAACCCAGAUGACCCCCUAGUGCCAGAGAUUGCACGGAUCUAUAAAACAGAUAAGUACAACAGAAGAUCUUGGGAACAGACUCAGAAGUACGCCACGUGA